AUGGAGUCGACAGUGGCAGAUAUCUCACAUGAAUUGACGGAUGGUAUAAACUAUUAUAAUAAAAUCCGUUCGGUUUAUUCGCUAAUAUCUUAUUCAGAUGAUCUCAAUCAGGUGGCAUUAUCCCCAGAAGCAAGGAAGUUCAUAGACGAUAUUCUUAAUCAACCGGACUCAAAUGAAGACAUGGUUAACUCAGUGGCAUCUUCGUCGAAUGCGAAUGCUGAGAGCCCUGAGGAUUUGCUCACCGAAUCUAGUUCAAUCAGUCCAUCUUUACACACUUCUACACCACUGUACAAUGAAAAUCUUCUUUCAAUUGUUGCACAGCCUCAUUAUACGUUCAGACUACGUACGAUUGAUCAGUAUAAGAAAGACCGUCGUCGUUGCACUUUAACUGCAAAAGAAUCAAACUCGAAUUUCUCCGGUCCAACUAUUCGUAUUUCACCGGCAUAUAUCAACACAACUGAACCAUAUUAUAUUGGCAUAUUCCUUGUAACAGUGCUUCAUGAAACAACCAGCUGUCGGUACUUUCAUCCGUAUGGUCUGCAGGACGUUGAAGAAAAGGCUAUUCGAAAUGAAAAAGACAAUAGUCUUUGGUAUCCCAUCCAACCACCGAGUUCUACAGGAUUUCAAAGUUUUCCAAACAUACGAAUCAAUAAACCAAAUGAAAAAGACAUGAAAACUGAUGGAUUAUUGAAUAUUUUUUAUGGCUACGUUUCAGGAGCGAAUUUGUUGAACACCACCGUUCCGGGAUCAAGCACGGCAAGAAAAUUAGUUAGUGAAUACAAUUUGAAGAGAGCACAAUUGGCAUUUGUGAUUGGCAAGAAACAGAGGCCGGACGAUGAGUACCCGAGUGUAUUCGAUCCAUCAAUGAUUAUCUAUUCGGAAGAAAUGGCGGAGAAAAAUGAGAAGGAGUCAAACAAAAGCAAGAAACCUACGACAGCAUCCAAUGUACCGUCUAAUGAUUUGCAAAUUGUCAAAUAUGCUCCACAUUAUGGUGAUUCUGAGGGCAAUGAAGACAUGAUCAUUAUGCUAUCAAAAACACUUAGUAGUAAAGAGGCGAAAGACUUACGCAUAACAUUUAAAUUCGGUCCAGACGAUAUUCUCUCACAUACGAUUGAUCACAAAAAUAUUGAAGUGAGACCUUACACACUAUCGUUUAAAACGCCACGUUUUCCCAGAAUGAUCCAUAAAAAGACCAUCGCUACAAUAAUUGUUGAGAGCAGAGAGAUGGCGCACGCUCCAUUGGUAUAUGAAUAUCGACCAAAAUAUCCGUACGUACUGAAAGUAUAUGACGGGGUUGUAGCCCAUAGUAUGGAUUCAUAUCAAAAUGCAGAACACUUUGUUGAGCAAGGGUUCACAGAUGAUGCUGAAGUACCUAAUGCUACUAUUCAAUUGAAAUCCCUUCCACAAAGAACAACCUCUCAACCCUCCCGCAUCGUAUGUACACCAGCUGUUGAUGAAGGGUUGCAAGCGAAGGUAUAUGAAAGUGUUACAGCUUUAUUUUCUGAAAAUGAUUUGAAACCAUUCUUGCGCAUCUCUCGAGCAUUCAUUCGAAAACAACCUCAACUACUUCACAUAGCCAUCGCACGCAAUUAUUCUGAUCUACUCGUCAAAUUCAUUCCGGGUACUAACAUCGACCUGUUUCAGUCGACCAAUCCCCAUGGUGAAUCACUUCUACUCCACGCUGUACGACUCAACCGUCUCAGUGUGGUCAGAGCUCUGUUGGAGUUGAAGAAGUCUACUGAAUUACUCGAUGCAGUGAACAAUGAGGGAGAGAACAUAGUUCACUUGAUGGCAAAAGACAAGGAGCUGAAGGAAAUGUUCGAUGUGUUUGCUGAGUACUGUGAGAGAAAAUCGAUAAAUAUGCACGAAAAAUUCGAUAAGGUGGAGAAAACCAAUCGGAGACUCUUAAAAUUAGCCAUUAUGCACAAUAACCUCUGGGCUGUGCGAGCUCUUCUUCCAGGUUUCGAUAAAGAUGUUUGUAAGAGUAAUGAUGACAAUCUUAUUCAUCUUGCUGUUCGCUAUGGUGAUCUUGAACUACUCAAAUGCUUAUUAGAUAAUGAAGAACUGAAAAAACAAGGCAAUGAACGAAGUGGGUCUGUGACUGCAACCGAACUAGCAGAAUCAUUAAAACAUGAUGAGACGGUGAAAUAUCUCAAGAAAGUAUACUCUUCGUGCAAAACUGACACUGACAAGUGA